AUGACAAGCAUGAGAAUCAAUAGCACAAGAAAUGCAAGAUCAUCAUCCUCUGAAUUAGAAAAAUACGAAAAUGCUGAUAAAUCAUUCUUUUCAUGGGUAUUGUCCGCUGAAGACCUUUUUGGAAGCAAUUGGACCUCUCCAAAAAUUUCUGCGACAAAUCAAAAUUCCUUUACGUUGCUUGGAUUUGAAUGGAUUUUAAUCAAAAAUCCUUUAGUUAAAACUGAGAGAGAACUGAAUUUACGAUUUUAUUUAAAAAAUAUAAAAGCUAGAGAAACUUCCAUACACAUGGAAGUUAGUAUUUAUAUUUUCUCUAACAAUAAUUCAAUAGAAAUGAUCAAUCAAAAAGUGACUGUCCGCGGCACGGUUAGCGAAGGAGACACUUUUUUAUUUGAAUCUCCCGAAAUAUUAGAAACACUAUGUAGACGAAUUCACGUCGAAAAACCAUUAUUAUUUAUUUGCGAAAUUAGAGAAGUAUCUCCCGUACCGGAAACGUGUCACUGUCUUCUAAAUAUGAAAAUACCUCCGAUAUUGGAAAAUUUAAUUUUUCCGUAUGACGAAUCCACCAGUGAUAUGAAAUUGCUCUUUGGCGAGAAAGAAUAUCAUGUUCACAAGAUUGUUUUUCAAAGAAUGUUUAAAAAACAAAAAAUGGAAGAUACACUUCCGAAAGAAAUCGAGAUAAAAAAUAUUGACGAAAAUGUACUUGAGGAGUUGAUUCGCUACAUGUACUAUCAGGAUUUUAAGCAUUUAGAAAUUUUAGCUGAAAAAUUAUUUAUUGUUGCUGAAAGAUACGAAUUGGAAGAUUUGAAAUUGAAAUGCGAGCUCGAAAUGAUGAAAAAUACUUGUACAAAGAAUGUCAUAGAAUUUAUAAGGUUUGCUGAUAAAUACAAUUUAGUGGACUUGAGAAAACAUUGCGUCUGUAUUAUGACAAAGUUUUAUAGUCAGAUAAUAAAAUUGCAGAAAAAUAAAAAUAACGAAUUGAAAAAUUCCCGAAUAGCAGUGAGAGUCGAACUCGCAACCUUCCGGCCAUCAAGCAGAAGUGCUAAUAUCUGA